UCACCCUCACCUUCGCGAGAGAUGGCCCAAGCUACAGACUCUCCAGUCGUCCCGCAAACACAUUCAGAGCCAUCGACCCUCUGUUCGAUGAAUGUGUUUGAAUCCUUAGAGGAGCUAGAGCACGAGUGGUCUAGAUCAGAUCCACUAGCUUCUUGGACGGCGUUGGUUAAAGCUCCUAAGAGUGAAAUGUUUGUCAGCGAGGUAGUUAUAGGAGGCCGCAAGGCCGGGGCCUAUUACGACACUUGCUCGACUAGGAACUUUAUUAGCCCCGCGUGCGUUGAGAGGCUGCGCUUACAGCGGCAAGUGCAGCGCCUGAGUCGACCUGUGGAGUCGACCUGUGCCAACAAACAGCGYAUGGUAGUUAAUGACUACCUCCAUGAUGUAGAGUGUGUUUUCCCGUACGCGGGAGGGGAAUUGAGACAUCGUGUCUCGUUCYUGGUGAGUGACGAGCUCCCAAUGGACAUGUUACUAGGUAUGUACUACCUCUCUGUAGCACAGCCCCAGUUUGACUGGGACCGAAAAGUGGUCAAACACACGUUGCCAGGUGGAGGGACCGCAAGAUUACAUAAGUUCAAAGCUAGUAGUCUGAUUGAGUCCUAUGGGUGCAUGUGUGCGGCCUCGUUCUAUAAUUAUUAUAAUCAAAAUCAGGAGGAGGGUAUGUACUUAGUCUAUGUCUCUGCUGCACGCAAGCCGGUGAAAAUGCCGCCAGAGAUAGAGGGAGUAGUUGCUAAGUACCCUGAUCUAUUUGAAGAGCGGACAGGGGUUGUUGAGAGGGAGGUCGUCCACGCGAUAGAGAUUAUCCCAGGGUCUAGUAUUCCAAGGGGUAGGAUUUAUCGGAUGUCUCCAGGCGAGCUUGGUGAGCUUCGCCGCCAACUCAAGGAACUCGUAGAGAAGGGCUGGAUCCGGCCAAGUGUCUCUCCUUAUGGGUCUCCAGUUUUAUUCGUGCCUAAGAAGAAGAAGGGAACCCUUAGGAUGUGCAUUGACUAUAGGGGCCUCAAUGCCAUCACCGUCAAGAACAGAGAGCCCCUACCGCGCAUCGACGAUCUGCUAGAUAGAGUGCAAGGGUGUCGGUACUUCAGCAAGAUAGAUCUGAAGUCCGGGUACCAUCAGAUUGCCAUACGGCCCGAGGAUCAACACAAAACCGCUUUUCAGACCAGGURCGGUYUGUACGAGUUUGUGGUGAUGCCUUUUGGCCUUUGCAAUGCUCCUGACACCUUUCAGCACGCUAUGAAUCGGAUAUUCCAUGACUACUUGGAUAAGUUUGUCAUCGUGUACCUCGAUGACAUACUUAUUUUCGGUAAGACUAUCGAGGAACAUGUGGCACAUUUGGAGAAAGUCCUCGGCCUCCUGCGAAAGCACAAGUUCAAGAUCAAUGGGGAGAAGUGCGAAUUUGGCCGCACCUGUGUCUUGUACUUGGGUCAUGAGAUUUCUGCGGAGGGAUUGAAGCCCGAUGACGCGAAGGUGGCCAGCAUUCGUGAUUGGCCACGUCCUCAGUCUGUGACUGAGAUGAGAUCUUUCUUAGGAAUGACAAGCUACUAUAGGACUUUCGUUAAGAACUACAGCAUAGUGGCCGCUCCUUUGACUAAUCUGACCCGCCUUGACACUGCUUGGGAGUGGACAAAUAAGUGCGAGGCUUCCUUCAGACAUCUGAAGCAUGCACUGACGCACUAUGAAGUCUUGAAACUUCCUGAUCCUGACAAGCCGUUUAUAGUCACAACGGAUGCCAGCCAAUAUGGCAUUGGCGCCGUGCUUGCGCAGCAGGAGGGGCCAAAGUUGAGGCCAGUUGAGUACAUGUCCAAGAAAAUGCCGUCUCAGAAGUUGGCUAAGUCUACUUAUGAGAAGGAACUCUAUGCGGUGUACAAGGCUCUCACCCAUUGGAGACACUAUCUCCUUGGGCGGUUCUUCAUCCUCCGGACUGAUCAUCAGACCCUGAGAUGGAUGAGAACACAACCGGUACUCUCGGAUGCUCUCAAGCGAUGGAUCGAAGUCAUUGAGCAAUAUGACUUUGACCCUCAGUAUCUCAAAGGGGAGUACAACAAGGUUGCUGAUGCCUUAUCGCGCUGAUCGAACUUCUCAGGGUGCUAGGAUAAUUGGAACACUUCGCGGUCACAAAGACCGCACAAAUGCAGUGGAAUGGGCGCGUCCGCAUGGGCAUAUAUUCUCAGGUAGAAUGUCAUUACACCUGUGGUAGGCACAACACCUGUCUGUUUGCUCCUUGUAAGUUUUUUUCCACACACCUGCCAGCUCUGCUUCCCUCCUUGUGUUGGCAUGUGGUGAUUUGGCAGCUCUAUUAAAGCCGCAGAUACCCAUC